AUGCAGCCGUGGAAAGUGCUACUGGGCAUCGCAUUGUGCUCGGUAAUAUGGAGUGCGUCUCAAGUCGUGGUUUGGGGUUGGUCGCCUUCUCUUGGUAAGCUUUUGUCCAUAGUAAUUUUUCAAGUUGCUAAAAUUCACUGUUGAUUGGCAUAACCCAGAUUAAACUUUACUAUAAUUAUAUUAUAUUGAGUUUCUUAGUGAUUCAAAGGGUUUCAAUACUAUCCGGUGGAUAGAGCUAUACGCGACCUUUGUAUAACCAACCCCUGGUAGUUUAUUCUCGGAUAUCUGAGACGCUAAUGUUCUAUAGAAUGGCAGCUUAGAAUGAAGGCCCAAGUUACACGAUACCGGAUUACUUUCGUAGCGGUUUGCUUUCCACAUGAGAGAUGAGUUUUGGUUACACGACACCGGAUUGAACAUUUAGAUUACAAUACAAAAACGACGACGAGUUUUGAUAGAAUAUUUUAUUGUGAACACUUAAUGAUAUAGUUUCACAAUAUUGUAUUCAUUUUCAUCAAAUGACACUAUCAAUCUCGUUCCCCGAGCCUGCGAUCCUCGGGAAGGAACGUGAGGCUCUGGGAUAAUCCGUUGCCGGAAGCCAGGAAUCCUGGCUAAGAUUAAACUGCGCAUUCCAUUUCAACAGCCAAUCAGAUUCCUCCCUGAAACGGAUUAUCCCAGAGCCUCACGUUCCUUCCCGAGGAUCGCAGGCUCGGGGAGCGAAAUUGAUGACACCAUAUGCAGUGCUUGGGGCCUAGAACCAACAAUAAUGGUGCGCAAGCCUUGCCGAUCGUACCCUUAUAUACCAGGUUUCUGGUUAUUUUGACCAUAAAAGACCGAAAGUCCAAGACUUUUUGGCUGUGUGCCCCAGUACCCUUACAGAGCGAAAAGUAAUGAGAAAGAGGAUGACCCGAAACAAGUACGCGCCCACCACAUUAUCGGUUCCAGGCAGCCCAUACGCGGGGCAUAAAAGGCAUUAGACGCCCGCGCCUGGUUCCAACAAUGGUUGGGACGAGCAUAUUUUGGACAAACUGAGCUGAUAGAACAGUAUAGGGUUUCCCUAUACCGUUCAAUAGUCAUAAUAUAAGUUAAAAUCAAGUGUUAGUUCUGCUAACAAACGUCUCUGACAGUGUUCGAAGCUCGACCGCAAACGUAUAUAUUGAAUCGUCUGUUUGUCUAACCCGAGUUUGCACCAGUAUUAAGCUAUAUCAUUGGACGAUUACUGGCGGCUUUGGCACAUGAUUAUUCUUUAUUAUUUCUACAAGCUCUUCGUAAGAUUUCUUCUUCGGGUUUUCAGGUUGCAUUAAUCAUCGCAAAAGUUUAUAUGACUUUGCUUCCAUCACACUAAGAAAAAUCGAGCGUUUAAUUCUUGUCCUCGUCGUCGUCGAUAUUAUAAUUUGCUUCGAGAUAAUGGUCCAUUCUUUUGAUAUGUCGCGGCCACUCUUCGGUUUCAUCGUAUUCUUCGAUUUUCCCGUAUGUCGCCAUGCUAGUCCUCGUCGCCAAUAUAGUAUGUUCUAAGUAUAUCGCAUGGUUUUACAUCAGUAUGAAUAAGCUAAGCUAUCAAUGCUAUGUUUAUAUAGGAUAUAGUGGCCCCAGGGGGGGGGGGACUGGGAGACGAGUCCCCCGCCCACUCUCCUUCAAAACCACCUUCGAGAUAUGUUUAAAAAUCCGUUGAAAAACUGGAGGGAGGGGGAGUUAACACCAAUCCGAUUUUAAGCUAAGAACAGAAAGCUACCAUUGUGAAUAGAUAAACAGUUCUAGGAAAAGACAUUAGGAAAAUUGCAUAGUUCAAAGUCGUAAAAUGUGUUAUUUUUCGUGUAUUUUAUAUAAUGUUAUACUCAUCUGAUACCUGUAAAAUCUCACUUUAAAAUUAAAUAGUUCAAAGUCUUAAAAUGUACUAUUUUUGUGUAUUUUAUGAUGUUAUAAUCUUCUGAAUUUUGUAAAAUCUCUCCCCAAAAUGCACGAAAUAGCGUUUCAUAUGCUCUGAAUUUCUAAAUUUUUACGGGGAGCAUGCCCCCGAAUCCCCCUAGAUUGUUCGCGCCUUCGGCGCUCAGCUUGUCCCCCCCCCCCCACAUUCUAAACCCUGGCUACGCCACUGGGGUACAUGCCCAUUUAGUCACAAGACUACACCUCCUUUCAUUUUCGCUUUCAUUUUUAAACCAUAUACAUCCAAAAGCGGAGAAACUUUGCAUAAUAACUAUUUUACUUGGUUUCUAACACUAAGUCGCAGUGACUGGGAAUUGUUUUCUUAAUUCCUGUUGCGUAUUUAGGUGUUGUUAACUGCUACACACUAUAACUAUUUUAUACAUUUCUUUUGUUAAUUGUAGCGGUACGACUUGUUGGUGGCUCUCACGACGAAGGACGAGUGGAGGUUUACUAUAAUGGUACAUGGGGAACAGUUUGUGAUGACAGUUGGGACAUCAGAGAUGCUCGUGUUGUCUGCAGACAGCUUGGUUUUCCUGAUGCUCAGUCUGCUUACGGGAGUGCUAAUUUUGGUCAGGGGAAUGGACAGAUUUGGCUUGACGAUGUUGGUUGUACAGGUUAUGAGUCCUCGCUAUUUUCAUGCAGCCAUAGUGGAGUGGGAAGUCACAACUGUCAUCACAGUGAAGACGCGGGCGUACGUUGUAAUGACACAG